AUACAUUAAUUGAAUGGAUAGCUCGCUCGCUCUCUCUCUCUCUCUCUCUCUCUCUUGCGCACACAUCUUCUCUUCUCUUUCUAUCUCCAGUAACAGUCACAAGCGUUUGUGAGCACCUACAGGCACAGAAAUGGCAACGGAAAAUUUAGAUAAGCAGAAAACUAUCGAUCUCCGAAAGAAACAUGUUGGUCCGUCCUGCAAAGUGUUCUUCAGUCAUGACCCUAUCAAGAUUGCGAAGGCAAGAGGACAGUACAUGUACAACGAAAAAGAUGAGAAAUACCUGGAUUGUAUAAAUAACGUUGCACAUGUGGGUCAUUGCCAUCCAGAUGUGGUUGAAGCAGGAGCAAAGCAAAUGGAGCUUCUCAACACCAACUCUCGCUUCCUACAUGACAAUCUGGUCCUAUAUGCUCAACGUCUCCAAGCCACUCUUCCUGAAAAGCUCUCUGUGUGCUACUUUGUCAACUCAGGGUCUGAGGCAAAUGAUCUGGCCCUGAGAUUGGCCUGGCAGUACACUGGCCACAAAGACAUCAUCACACUAGAGAAUGCCUACCAUGGUCAUGUGUCAUCACUCAUUGAUAUCAGUCCAUAUAAGUUUCAUCAGAUGGCUGGUGCAGAGCCAAGCCAACAUGUGCACGUGGCUCUCAGUCCAGACAUUUAUAGAGGCAAAUACUGUGAGGACCACCCUGACCCUGCCACUGCCUAUGCUGAAAAUGUCAAAGAUAUAAUCGAGCAGGCCCAUAAAAAGGGACGUAAGAUUGCCGCUUUUAUCGCUGAGUCACUGCAGAGUUGCGGAGGGCAGGUCAUUCCUCCAGUGGGCUACUUCCAGAAAGUGGCACAGCAUGUGAGAAAUGCUGGAGGCAUUUUCAUUGCUGAUGAGGUCCAGGUGGGCUUUGGCAGGGUGGGCACCCACUUCUGGGGCUUCCAGCUACAGGGAGACGAUUUUGUACCAGAUAUUGUUACAAUGGGAAAACCUAUUGGAAAUGGCCAUCCAAUGUCAUGUGUGAUCACCACCAGAGAGGUUGCCGAAAGCUUCAUGUCAUGUGGAAUGGAGUACUUCAACACAUUUGGCGGUAACCCAGUAUCAUGUGCUAUUGGACUGGCAGUGCUGGAUGUAAUUGAGAAGGAAAAUCUCCAAGGCAAUGCCCUGCACGUCGGAGGUUACCUGACUCAGCUUUUGGAUGAUCUGAAGAAAAGACACCCUUUAGUGGGUGACGUGAGGGGCCGUGGCCUGUUUAUUGGGUUGGACCUGGUAAGAAACCGGGAUAAGAGGACACCUGCCACAGCUGAAGCUCAGGAUGUUAUUUACAGACUAAAAGAGCAGCGGAUACUGCUCAGUGCUGAUGGCCCACACCGCAACAUUCUGAAGUUCAAGCCUCCCAUGUGCUUCUCCAGAGAGGAUGCUGAACUCGUCGUGGAGAAGAUUGACCAAAUUCUGACAGACUUAGAAAAUACUUUGGGCCUCCAAAUGUCUGAAGCAGUAAUCUCAGAGAAUGGACACACUAAGAGAAAGGAACCCAGUGAUGAAAAUGGCCUCAUUCAUCCUUCAAAUGGCAGCAGCCACAAUCACACUGGCACACUACCUCAUGACAAAAAAAACAAGAAGAGACUAAAAACCUAAUGAAACAUCAGGGGACAGACUAACUGUUUUUAACAACAAACUAUUUAAUUAUAUCCGUUAUCUUUUUCCAUGUUUUAAUGGAUCUAAAACUACACUGUAUAAGGGUUGUUUUGCCAUAUACUGUAUUUUAGUGGUGCCAGUCAGAACUGUAACAGUGUUUUUGGUUUAUGAGUUUUGAAAAAAUACCUCUCAUUAAAAUAAAACUAUCCAAUAUGA